AUGGCUCCCCUACCCGCCCCCAAGGUCCCCCUACUCGCGCCCAUGGCUCCCCUAUCCGCCCUCAUGGCCGAACCAGUCACUCCCUGCGCGGGGACGCGCUACAUGCCUCCCGGCUUCCCGAUCCUGGUCCCCAAGCGGCACGGCGGGCACUUCAUCUUUUGCACGCACGACGUCGGCCUCUUCAACGACUUCCUCGCCAACGGCUUCUGCCACAUGACGGAGCACCCGCCCGAGACGGUAUUCUCCAGCCCCAUAAUAUACAGCUGCCCCAGCCGGGAAGCGCUCGCGCCGCGUUGGGGCCUCUCCGACGUCGGCUCGGUGCUGCUCGAGUUCGGCCUCCCCGUCGUCGUGGCCGCGGGCUUCGUGCUCGGCUGCCUGUGCGCGCUGCGCCACGCGCGCCUCGACAAGACGCGACGCGUGCCCCUCUACCCGCGCGGGCCCGCCCGCCGCGCCGCCCUGGUGCUCGCCUGCGGCCUGGUCGUCGCCGCCACCGCCCUGCCGUGGCUGGUCUGGCUCGCGGGCGUGCUGGCGUACGGCGCCGUCGCCUUCGUCGUCUGGCCCUUCUGGGGCGCGGCCAUGUUCCACACCCUGCCGGCGCACCCGCUGCAGUUCUGGGCGCCGUUCGUGCCGCUCGCCCGCCGCGCCAGGGAGCUGCUGGGCGGCGUCGGCGACGUGCGCCUCGCCCGCCGCCGGUCCGCGGGCACGGUGGUGGUUGCGGCGGCGGUGGCGCCGCGCGCGCCGCUCUUCGGGCCGACGGAGCCGCAAGAGGUGUACGUCUACACGCGGAGGAGCAGGCGGGAGAGGAGGAGCCGGAAGAAGCACUGUGUCACGGUGCGAGAGGUGACGAAGUGAUGGGGAGGGGGGAUCUUUGGGGCGAGUAUGUUGGAAAGAAACAACCGCCAAAGAAGGGCAUGUGCGAGCUCGUGAUUGAUAGCAGUAGCAUAUUUGGUAAUUUAAUUGGCCACUGUUCACAUGUUUUCCCAUAUCAUUUCUUCCCGC